CCGAGUCCGACGCUCAGGCAGGCUCCGGACAGGCGGGGCUGGCGAGCACGGAGCGAGGGGCGGUGGGUUAGAAGACGCCCGGGAGUGGGGACUCGGGAGGGCGGGCUGUGGGAGCCGCCCGGGCCGGCGCCUCUCUGCUCCCCGCCUAGCCCCGCCCGCCUGCCAGGCUGCUCACCCGCCUGGUGUUCUAAACCCUCCCGUUAGCAAACCCAACUCAGUCCAAGAUCAGUUAGAGUGCCGGUGCUGCCGUGUUACGGACGGAGCUACAGACGGCUCCGGUCGCUCACCCCCCGCAGGCUGCGGUGCUCCGGUUGUGGGAGGGAGCAGAGCCUCCUGGAGCGGCGGUGGGAGAGGAGCCCAGCCUGGAGAUUUGUUGCUGAUUGUUCACAUGUGUCCAGGGGGAAAUGAAGUACAUUGGAUCCUGCAUAGUUUGGCUUUGUAUGGCAGUCUUCCUCUUCCUUCCUGUUUCUACUUCUGUGGCUGUCAGUGACCACACAGGUGCUACAUGUCCUUUACUGAAAACUGUUGUCCAUCAUCUCAAACAAAUCAACAGAGGCAGUCUUGGUGUUUCAGGGUUUGAUCUGGCAGAAAGCUUUUCUUUGAGGCAAACGUCUUGUGGAGGUGAAAAAAACUGUUUUAAACUGGGAAGCGCGCCUCUCAUCAGAGACACAAAGCAAGUAUUUCCAAAUGGGCUUCCUGAAGAAUACUCUCUAGUUGCUACGUUCCGUGUACGGCGAAAUACCAAGAAGGAGCGUUGGUAUAUAUGGCAAGUUUUAAAUCAGUAUGACACACCUGAGAUCUCUGUCCUUCUGGAUGGUAUAAAAAAGGUUGUGGAGUAUAUGACCAAAUCUGCUCAGGGAAAUAUACUGCACUACACUUUUAAGAGUCGAGAAAUUUAUCCAUUGUUUGAUCGGCAGUGGCAUAAGCUUGGUAUUAACGUCCAGUCAGGGAUCAUUUCCCUCUAUUUGGAUUGUAAUUUAAUUGAGAGAAAACAGACUGAUGAAAAAUUCAACAUUGACCUGCAGGGAAGGACUCUGAUUGCUUCUCGUGCUGCAGAUGAUAAGCCUGUAGAUAUUGAACUUCACCACUUAACAAUCUAUUGUAAUCCAAAAUUUGCAACAGAAGAUACGUGUUGUGAAAUAUCUGCUGAUCUGUGCUCACAUGAGGAGAGACUUCUUGCUACGACUUCAUCACCAGUGACUGUUCAUGCCAGCAAAAUAUACAUGCUUCCAGGGAUACAGCAGGAAUCGAGAGAGAGAUGCCACUGCUUUCCAAAUAAAGGAGAAGCAGGAUUGCCGGGAGUAGCUGGUUUGCCAGGCAACAAAGGACAUAAAGGUGAAAAGGGUGAAAUGGGAGUAAAAGGACAGGAUGGUAUUGCUGGUCUUCCUGGUGAAAAGGGGGAAGCUGGCUUAGUAGGUGCUCCUGGCAUACCUGGUCUUACUGGUUCCAAGGGUGAGCGUGGCUUUCCUGGUGGUAAAGGUGAAGAAGGAGAAAAGGGUGAAAAAGGAGAUAAAGGAGAACCAGGACCAGAAGGCGUUCAUGGAAGAGAGGGACUAAAAGGUGAUCCUGGUAGUCCUGGUGUGGCUGGUCCUAAAGGAGAAAAGGGAGAUGCAGGACCUCCAGGACCAACUGCCUUGAAUGGUUUGCCAGGACUGGAGGGUCCCCAAGGUCCACCUGGCAAAGAAGGCCAAAGGGGAAGACGUGGAAAACCAGGCCCCCCAGGAAAACCAGGACCACCAGGACCUCCUGGUCCUUCUGGACUAAAAGGAAUUCUGGAUUCACUGAACAAGCAUUAUAAUGAGAGCGAUACAAGACUACUAGGAUUACUUGGGACUCCUGGACUUAAAGGCCUGAAGGGAGACAUUGGUCAAAAAGGAGAAUUGGGAAUGACCGGUGCUAAAGGAGAAAAGGGAGAGCCUUCUGAAAAAGGGGAAAAGGGAGAUCCAGGAGAAACUGGAAUGAAAGGAUCAAAAGGAAGUAAGGGUGAAACAGGAGACCCAGGACCACCUGGUCUGAUUGGAAAUCCAGGAUCUAAGGGGCUACAAGGACCUCCAGGACCUGUCGGACCUAGGGGACUGCCAGGAGAAGUUGGCUUACCAGGAGAACAUGGGGUACCAGGAAGCCCAGGUGUUAAAGGAGACAAGGGGGAGCCUGGUGGGAUUAUGGGACCACCUGGACACCCAGGUCCUAAAGGUGAUGUGGGACCUCCUGGGCCAAGUCUGCCUGGAGCACCAGGCCCCACUGGUAUUCCUGGAAACCCAGGUCCACGGGGACCAAAGGGAGAAAGAGGACUACCUGGUGUCCAAGGAGCACCUGGGGAGAUGGGGCCCCCUGGAAUAGGCAUUCAGGGAUCACCAGGUCCUGUAGGUCCAGCUGGAUCAGCAGGUAUGCAGGGCCCUAGGGGACCCCCAGGAUUACCAGGAACUCCGGGUACCCCUGGUAUUAAUGGUGCUCCAGGAAGAGAUGGAAAGCCAGGACUACCAGGCCCUCCAGGUGAUCCUAUUGCACUGCCACUUGUGGGAGACAUGGGUGCUAUACUGAAGGGUGAUCCUGGCACAAGAGGUCCACCAGGCAUCCCUGGUAGAGAAGGGCCAAAGGGAAGCAAAGGUGAACGUGGGUUUCCUGGGCUUGCUGGAGAGAAAGGUGAUGAGGGCCUUCAAGGUGCUCCUGGAUUGCCAGGCAUUCCAGGACCCAGUGGACCUUCUGGAGUCACAGGAAGACCUGGACAUCCCGGUCCAGCAGGGUCAAAAGGCGAAAAGGGUAGUGAAGGUUCUCCUGGGCAACCUGGACCACCUGGGCCUCCGGGUAUGCCUUACAAUGAAAGAAAUGGAAUGAGCAGCUUAUAUAAACUCCAGGGAGGUGUGAGUGUCGCUAGUUAUCCAGGCCCACCAGGACCUCCUGGUCCCAAAGGAGAUCCUGGCACAGUGGGAGACCCAGGACCAAUGGGAUUGCCAGGACUGGAAGGACUCCCAGGGGAAAAGGGUGACCGGGGACCAGCUGGCACGCCAGGAGUAGCCGGGACACCGGGAAAGCCGGGAUCUCCUGGGUCCCCAGGGAUGCCAGGGGAACCUGGUGAAAGGGGCCCUAUAGGAGAUAUCGGCUUCCCUGGGCCAGAAGGGCCACAAGGAAAACCAGGAAUCAAUGGAAAAGAUGGAUUGCCAGGUCCUCCGGGUGCUGUAGGGAGACCAGGAGACAGAGGACCCAAAGGAGAACGUGGAGAUCAGGGUAUUCCAGGAGACAGAGGUCCACAAGGUGAACGAGGGAAACCUGGCCCAUCAGGAGAAAAGGGGGAUGUGGGUCCUGUUGGACCCCCAGGAGACAGAGGCUAUCCAGGGUCACCAGGCCAUCAAGGUCCCCCAGGUUCUCCAGGACCCCCAGGGUUUCCAGUUGAUACAGUUUCACUCGACGAAAUAAAAAAAAUCAUCAAACAAGAAGUUCUUAAGGUUUUUGAAGAAAGGAUGGCUCAGUUUGUAUCCCAGCUGAAGCUGCCUGCUGCAAUGCUUGCCUCCCAAGCGCAUGGAAAACCAGGGCCUCCAGGAAAAGAUGGGUUACCGGGACCACCAGGAAAGGAUGGUUUGCCAGGGCCACCAGGAGAACGUGGAAUUCAAGGUUAUAGAGGACAGAAAGGGGAAAGAGGCGAGCCUGGAAUUGGACUGCUCGGUAACCCUGGACCACCUGGCCCUGCAGCUACUGGCCUGCCUGGCCCACCAGGAACGCCAGGCUUACCCGGACCACAGGGGCCAGCCGGACCCAACGGGAGAUGCAAUCCAGCAGAUUGCUAUUACCACAUAUCACAGACUCGGUCACGCACCGGUGGGAAAUAAACACUUCUUCCCUAGACACUUGGAUUCACAGUCACUUUUCACUCCUCUUAAUGAGUUAAUUUAAUCUUUGAGAUAUUUGGUGCAUUUUACCUUUUUUCUCCUCGACACUGCGUGGUAUAUGGAUAAUUUAUAAGGCACAGAAUUGAGCCUUUUUCUAUGUUAUUUGUAGUGUCGUAAUUAUGAAAUUAUGACAGAUAUUUUCCAGCAUGCAUUCCAUGUGUUUUGUUUCUCAUAUUUAUUUUGCUUAGAGGAGAAAAUAGGCCUAAAUAAUUUUUGUAAGCUUCUUUCUUCAAAGAAAGGAUAUUUUAUUGUAACUUAAGAGAGUAUGUAUGCCUCAGUAUGUAAGAUGGCUUUGUUUUUCUUGCUGGUGGUGAAGUUUAAGUGCAAAAAUGCAUUUCUGAAGUUUCAAAGCAUACAUGUUCAUGGCAAAUGCAGGACCUAAGCUGAAGCACUGGGAACUCAGUACAGGCUAAACGUCCAUGUUCCUUGAAGAGGCUCCAGCGCACCUUCUGAACCAGGUCUGUGUCAUGCACCACCAACACCUACCUAUCAUUUCAGUCACUUCCUAGAUGUCAAAGAAGGAAACAAAGACAUGUUUAUGAUCUCUCUAAUCUCAUCCCUUCAGAUUGACUGGAAAAUUGUCAGAUGUAGCCCUGAGAAGCAUCGCUCCUGACUGGAUGCGGUCCCAACAGAUGGCUAUGGGUACACACUGAGACAGUCAAAAGAAGGAACUUCACAAGCCUCUAAUCUUACUGGUGGCACGGUUUUCCUCUUCCUCCUGCAAUAAUAAUGUGCCAAAAUAAACUUGAGAGGAACCUGGAAACAGUAGGAUGCAAAACUCACAGGUCCUAAUAGCUGGUUGCAAAAAAUUACUGGAGUUCAAGAGAAAGUUGGAGAAAAUGCAAAACACUCUUGGAAAAGUGCUACAGAGAGCACGAUUGUGUGCAGUUUGCAGACAUCAGUAAAUCCUACAGGACCAGAUGUCCAUGAAGAAGAAAAAAACAAAGCAUAAGUCAAGUCCUUUAGGGCUCAAAUGGUUAAGCAAAAGAAAUGAUGGAGAGAAUUGAUCAUGCAGAGGCUGAUUCUGAAAAGGAGGGAGGAGGGUUGUCUAAAGUUUCACUCCUGAUUAUUAGGAUUAGUCCUAUGGAAGUUGAUACAGUGCAAUAAGAAGUGAAGGUGCUGUUGCGAGAACAUGGACGCCUAUAAUCCAAAACCUCAAAAGUUCAUACACAAGCACUACUGAGGGCUCUUGCCCCAUCAUCGGGUAGCCAGUCAUUCUCUCCCAUGUCAGGCAGGGAGGUGGUUUCGGUGACUUCAUGCUUGUGCUGCCAGGGAAGUGUUUCCGAAGUGGAAGUGCUGAGUUCCAGAGAAGCUGUAGUGAGACAUGAAUCCGGCUGACUUCUGGGUUUUGCUUAAAAACAGUUAGAAAUGACUGGUGGCUGUCUUGAAAAAAAGAAAGGAAAAAAAAAAAAGAAACACAUUGUCAUUUAUUCUGAACAGAGUUCCCAGCAUUUGCACCCAGGCCAAAGGAGUAAGAUGAGUGCAAGAGGUGAUAGAGUUAACUGAGGUAGCUGGGGAGCACAGGCCAAGCCUUCAGGUAGGGUUUCAAAGAGGAAAAGCAUACCUACUUGACAUGUUGGAGGGAAGAAGGUGCUUGCCAGAAGCAAAGAUGUUUAACUAAACAGAGAAGGAAGGCUAAGAGUAAAUCUCCGGGACAGGAAAGGGCAGCAGAAAGGAAAGUCUGCAGCUACCAUAAACCCAUCUCCUGGAGGAAAUCUGCCAGCUGUAAAAAUGCCCUGCAGCUGGGGACCCCCUUGGAGGGGUCAGGGUGCAUUGUCUUUUCCUCAGGAGGAUGGGGAUGGACAGGUCAAAGCCCAUGGGUGAACCACAGUCCUCACACCUUUCCUGCUCAUCCCUUGGGAGGCAGUAACUGUCCCUUCUCUAGGCCAGUGUGUCCUCCGCUCUGCAGGUGGUGGGCACCCAUCCCACCAGGACAAAGGUGCAUUUGUAACAAGCGGUCCUGCCUGUACCUAGCUCAGACCACGCUACUCCUGUUCCAGACCUCCUGUGCCCAUGGUUUGCUCUGUGGUGUUGCUCACAUUUGCCAAUCUGGUCCUCAAAGUGCCAUAUCUGUGCUAACACUGGGAGCUGGUGAGGUGGCUUGAAAUUGAGUUCUUACCUGUCCUGAGGCACCUACUGCUGUCCAGGCCACGGGUCUGGCAGCCCAGCCAGUAAAGCCAGGGGCCUUGCACCAAAGUGUAUACCCAUGUAUAUACACCAGCAGAUGGGCAGGCCCCAAAUACUGUUUUGCAUUCAGUUAAAUGAACUGCUGGUCAGGUAUCUUGCGUGAACAUUUUUUCAUCCAUUUCAUUUUCCUUCUCUAGUAAUUCCAAUAAUGUAAAAAUCUAAACUUUUUUUUUUUUUUUACUUCAUAAGUUAAUUUUAAACUUGUUUUCUGUGAUAAUAUCAAAAGGGUGCUGUCUUGUGAAGAGUGUCCAAGUGACUGAGAGGUUCCAAGCAGCCCUGUCCUGGAAGGCUGUACAUAAAGUACUGAGCCGUGUUAAGUGUAUCUGUAUAUUUUGGGGCUUUUAGCUAGCAGAAACCCAGCAUCUGGUAUUUGCCAGAUGCAGUUGCUGUAUGUUAAUUUACUUGAAUUUAUCAGAAAGUAGAACACUUUUUAUAUUUGAAGAAGUUUUAUUUUUUCAUCUAUGUUUCUUACAGAUGCCUUUUUCCUUUUAUAGGCUCAAAUCUAAAGGUCUUUUUAAAAUGUAUUUGAACACUUUCAGUUGGUUUGCAGGUAACAUUGGUAAUUAUCUUGUUGUGUUUUUAUUUUGCUAAAAGCCCACUUUAAUUUUCUCAUGUGAGAAAACGGGUAUUUUUUCCUAGGGGCUAUCUCCAUACAUUUUUUAAGAUGCCAUAUUCUUCACUGGGGUAGAGCAGAGUUAAU